AUGUUACAGGUGCAUCCCACAACAUUCCUUUUCAUGUCGGAAAAUUUUGAUAAACAACCUGGUGGUGAAAAACUAGAUGAGAAGCUUCAAAUGCGUACCGCAGUCAAUGUCAAACGACUGCAGACUGAGAAGGUAUCAAAACUCUCCUCACCCAAAAACAGCACGAAUAUGUCCUUCGCUCCAUUAGUCGCCAGUACUCCCGGCAGCAUCAUUGACAUAAGCACAGAGAAACCAACCAUAGUCGGGAUCCUCAACAGCAAGUUGUUAUCACAUAUGAAACCAUCCCAUGCUCCAGAAAAGUAG